AUGUUUACAGUAUUGAUUUUGGAUUUUUUGUUUUCAACCUUUUCAAAAAAAUUUCAAAGUUUUUUUCUCGUUUACUAUAUAAUCAUUUUGUUUUCAGUUGCUGAACUUUUCGUAUUUAUAAGCUCUCUUGUCAGUUGUUUAGUUCAGUUUGCUGCUUAUGUUAGCUCUUCAAAAUUUUUGUUAAAAUUUCCAAUCAGCACGAAACGCCUGAUAAAUAUUCAAUUCCAAGUACAAACCGUUUGA